AUGGCUGUAAACAAGCAAGAGCUGGUGGUGCAGCUUUGGAUACGCCCACCCCUCGCCAGCUCCUUCCUGGAGAAGAGCAGCACCCCAGACAGCUCCUCCAGGCUCAGCAAGUUCCAGAAGGCCCAGAUACUGAAGGCCGGGUUCCUCAGACAGCCUGGAGAAUACAGAUGGAGAACAGAACCUACUUUUACAGCAUUGACGCCACAGGUCAACUCGCUGAAGACUGAGACGGAGAGGCCGACGGGUGAAGCAGGUGAUCGCCAGGAAGGAGGAUCGAUCCCAGAGGGCCGAGCAGCAGCAGGCCCCGCCGCCAGCCACGCCAGCAUCAAGCAGAGGAUGAAGGAAUUGACGAACGAGAUGAACCUGCAGCAGACCGUGAUCCACCAGGCCAGCCAGGCGCUGAACUGCUGCACAGACGAGGAGCACGGCAAGGGCGCUCAGGUGGAGGCCGAGGCAGAGAGACUGCUGCUCAUCGCCACUGAGCGUCGUCUGGCCCUGAAAACGGAGCUGGAUCGUUUGAAGGCGGAGGGCCCCAGAGCGGAGCGGGGGGGCGCGGGUUGGUCCGAUGGGGCCUCGGCCUCUAAAGGUUCCAUCAGCCUGCUGGAGCUGCGACUGCCCCUCAAAGCCGACUUCGUCUGCUCCACCGCCAACCGGCCUGAGUCGAGCAGCCAUUACUUCUUUGUGAUGAUCCGUUCUGGAGCAGAGAACACAGUGGCCACGCCCCUGGCCAGCACCCGCAAUGCGCUCAGUGGAGAUGCCCUCACCUUCUCCACCAAGUUCACACUGCCUGAAGUGUCCAAUGACUUUGAGAUUGACAUUGAAGUGUACUACCUGGUCCAGAAGAGGGAGCUCAACCCAGACAAGAGGAAGAAGCCCAACAAGUCAAAGAUUCUGCUGGCGCACAUUCAUGAUCUCCACGGCAUGUGCUUCACGGCCAUCACUCCCAAACGCUUCCUAUCAAAGAGUAGUCUGCAGACUCCAGUGAUGGCCAGUCCUGGAGGCCCCAACGCAGUGCGCACCAGCAACUUCGUCCUCGUUGGAUCACACAAGCUUACGCUCGCUUCCAUUGGGAAGAACAAGUUCCCUCUGGAAAAGAUCAAAUAUGAAGGGAUUGAGAGAGACCUUCUCAGUGACAUGUUUCAGAAAAAGGUGCCUUUCCUGUGUCCGUUGGAAGGGCACAUCUACUUGAAGAUGCAGUGUGAGGUCGGCUCACGGGUGGAAGAGAGGGGCUUCCUGACGAUGUUUGAGGACGUGAGUGGUUUUGGGGCGUGGCACCGGAGAUGGUGUGUGCUCUCAGGGUACUGCAUCUCCUACUGGACCUACCCCGACGACGAGAAGCGCAAGAACCCGAUUGGGCGGAUCAACCUUGCAAAUUGCACGAGCCACCGGGUGGAACCGGCGAACCGUGAGUUCUGUGCGCGGCCCAACACGUUUGAGCUGAUCACGGUGCGGCCACAGAGAGACGACGACAGGGAGACCCUCGUCAGCCAGUGUCACAACACCAUGUGUGUCACAAAGAACUGGCUGAGUGCAGACACUAAGGACGAGAGGAAUCUCUGGAUGCAGAAGCUCAACCAGAUCCUGGUGGAUCUGCGUACAUGGCAGCCAGACUCCUGCUACAGGCCUGUGUAAGCACGCCCCCUAUUGACUGGGAGGACCAACAGCACGGAUGUGGUCUCAUCCCAGCCACCUACUUCAGGGACAGUCAGGGGACAUGUGCAAUACAAGCAUGAAUAAUAAGCAACUUGGUUGUGUAUUUCAGAAAGAGUAUUUUAAAGUAAAUGACAAUGAGAGAGAAGAAGUCAAUAAAGCCAUACUUACUGCCCUGGAUUUGUACAGGCAUUUCAGUGGGAGGAAGGGCAGGAGAUCUCUCCCCUCAGUUGCUUUUCUCAUCAGUCUGGGGAACGUAGUGUUCUUUAAUCCAUUUUCCUUUGAAUUUGUCACAGGGCAGUGUGUUGUGUUCUUUUCCAUGUGCCAUCCCAGUUAUUGGGAUAGAUCAAAAAUUCAUUCUGGCUUAUUGAUUGAGUCUGACGAUGUCCUUGUUUCAGGGUUUUUUUGAUCCUUUUUUAUGGGUGGAUAAAAUGGAUAGAUGUCAGUCAAUAUUAGUUUUCUGUAACUUGUGCUAUAGAACAGUGUUCAUACACAAAUGCUGGGCUUAAUCCACAGCAAAAGAUGCUCUAUAAUUUACUUUUAACACUUUUUUGACGUUUUAUCCAUUUCUGCAGAAUACAUGUAACACCACAGCUGUAUCCUAUUUACUAAGAUGGUUAUUUAUCAUGUAAUGCACCAAUAGAACAUUUUAAGCUGAUAUUUCUACAAUAACUACUACUACUACUGUCACCAGAAACACUUUUUAUGUUGUUUUUAUGUACAUGUUUGUCUUUCUGUGUGUAUAUGGUCAUAAAUUCUAGAUCCAAAUGGUUGUUGCUUUUUUACUAUCAGUCAGAGGUCUGAAUCUAAACUGAAUAUAUAGGCUACAUGCUCUGCUUUAACCUCCAGAGUCUGGGUGAUUAGGCCUCGGACUGACGCUCUCUUAACGUCUAUGUGGGAGGUAACCUUUUAUCUAAGUGUUUACAUUAAUCUGUGCAAAGUGCACUUUGCUUUGUAGCCACGUCUUUAUAUAAAUGAGCAUGUGCGAGAAUAUUUUUUAAAGGAUUGUUUUUUUUUUUUAAGGCGGUCUUGUAUCUCCUCCGUCACAGUGCAGUAGUUCACUCUAGGAGCUAGCCCAGUUUAAGGGCUGAUCUGUGCUAGAUUCAGGUCUAAUCUGGUUGGAGGUCAGCUGUGUCUGGGGAGGGAUAUGGUGUCACUGCCCUCCUGUAAGCAUAAACGCAUGCCUGAAAACAUUGGUGUGGAAGCACUCCUAAUUCAGGAUGUUACUUGUCUGAAAAAAAUGAAAAGAAAUAAAUACCAACUUUGACCAA